CGAUUAUUCUCCUAAUUUUUCACUUCAAUUCACAUAAUUUAUCCUCUUCUAUUCGUAAAAAAGAAUCGUUUAACAUUCUUCAAGAAUGGCAAUUCUCUCAGACUACAAUGAAGAUCAAAAUCAAGAACAAACCAUGAAGCCUAUAGAGAAAAAAGAAGAAAAUCCAUCUUCUAAUUUAGCCCCUAAAGAAGAAGGAAGUUCUUCUUCAGCCCCAAAAGAUGAGGAAGAAAACAAGAAACUAAAGCCAAACAAGUCCAAUGGGCUUGAUAUGGAGAAUUAUUCAUGGGGACAAUCUCUUCAAGAAGUCACCAUCAAUGUCCCCGUUCCACCAGGUACAAAAUCAAGAUUCAUAGUUGUUGAAAUCAAGAACAAUUCCCUCAAAGUUGGACUCAAGAAUCAACCACUAAUAAUAGACGGUGAAUAUUUCAAGGCAGUGAAAGUUGAUGAAUGUUAUUGGAGUUUAGAAGAUCAAAAAGAAAUUUCAAUUCUCUUAACUAAGCAAAACAAAUCUGAUUGGUGGAAGAGUUUGUUCAAAGGUGGACCAGAAAUUGACACACAAAAAGUUGAGCCAGAACCUAGUAAAUUGUCUGAUUUAGACACAGAAACAAGGGCAGCGGUUGAAAAAAUGAUGUUUGAUCAGAGACAAAAACAAAUGGGACUUCCAUCAAGUGAGGAGAUUAAGAAUCAAGAUAUGUUGAAGAAAUUCAUGGAACAAAAUCCUGACAUGGCUAAGAAUUUUGAUAAUGCUAAGAUGAUGCCAAACUCUAAGAUGAUGGGCAAAUUGCAUUGAAGUUUUUUCUUUCUAAUUUCCAGUAGAUUUAUAUAUUCUUUUCAUACUAGUAUGAGAGAUUGGGAUUUUUGUUGGAGUGUUUUUACUUUUUGGAUGUUGUGGGGAUUUAUUGUUUGGUAAACGCAUAGAUCAAUUCUAUUUAUUUUUGUUUAUUGAUUAAUCGGAUCAGUUUGCGGUGUCUCAAAUAUUUCACGUAGUAUAUGUUUUACACAUAUUAAUAAUUCUGCCCAUCAAAUAUUUAGAACCUUUUGAAAUUACUUGUGAAUUUUCUCUUUCCCAAUAGAAAAGAUUAAUUUGACGAUCAAUGCUCAUCAAACAUAAAGCUUAAGGCAUAUUCAUUAGGAAGUGAGGAAGCAAAAUAACAAGAGUACCAAUUUUUUUUUUUUUAUCCUUUAUAAAACCACCUCAUAUGCAUGAAAAUGCUACAAUUUCAUGGUUUCACAGGUUCACUUGCAAUAUAUAUAAUUGGUUCACUUGCAAUAUUUAUAACUGAGUGAGUACUAUCCCAUUUGAAGAGCUCACAUUUUCCAUCUAACAACAUGCAUAAUCCAUCUUCAUGUAU